AUGGGAGCCCCAGCGCCCGCACUCUGCUGGCUGCUUGCUUGCGUCUGGCUGUCCCGGGGUGAGCCGGCAGGGGAGUCCCUGCGGGUGCAGCGUCUCGCCGCAGCACCCACACCAUGGGGCAGUGCAGAGCUGCAGCCAGAGCCCACCAGGGAAGCCAGCAGCAGCCACCAGGAGGUGACCCUUACUGUAGGGGACGCUACAUCGGUGAUGGGAGGCAAGAUAAAGGGAGGCCAGGAGGCCGAAGCCCAGGACUCCUCGGCCAUGUCUUCCUGGGAAAGGCGGCUCCAUCGGGCCAAGUGUGCACCGGCAUACUUGUUCUCCUGCUUCAAUGGGGGCGAGUGUGUGCACCCGGCCUUCUGUGACUGCAGACGCUUCAAUGCCACUGGACCACGAUGCCAGAUGGUGUACAACGACGGCCCUGAGCGGGACAGCAUCUGCCGGGCGUGGGGGCAGCACCACGUGGAGACGUUUGACGGCCUCUACUACUACCUCUCUGGGAAGGGCAGCUACAGGCUGGUGGGGCACCACGAACCUGAGGGGCAGAGCUUCUCCAUCCAGGUGCACAACGACCCACACUGCAGCUCCUCCCCCUACACCUGCUCGAGAGCUGUCAGCCUCUUCCUUGCGGGCGAGCAGGAGAUCCAUCUGGCCAAAGAGGUCACCCGCGGAGGCGUGAGGGUCCAACUGCCACACGUGAUGGGAAGUGUGCGUCUCCAGUGGCUUGCUGGCUACGUCAUUGUGUGGCACCGGUCCGCCUUCACGCUGGCCUGGGAUGGCGCCUCGGCUGUCUACAUCAAGAUGAGCCCAGAGUUCCUGGGCUGGACCCAUGGGCUGUGUGGGAACAACAAUGCUGACCCCCAGGAUGACCUGGUGACCAGCUAUGGGAAGCUGACGGACGACAUGGCUGAGUUUGUGCACAGCUGGCAGGAGCAGGCCCCCAACCAGCCUCCAGGGCCCACGACCCCCUCCCUGCCUCGCCCACCGUGCCUGCAGCAGAGCCCAGUAACCAUGCAGGGCGUGUACGAGCGGUGUGAGGCGCUGCUGCGGCCUCCCUUCGACGCCUGCCAUGCCUACGUCAGCCCUCUGCCCUUCACAGCCAGCUGCACCAGCGACCUCUGCCAAUCAGUGGGUGAUGAAGCCACCUGGUGCCGGGCGCUGGCGGAGUAUGCCCGGGCAUGUGCCCAGGCGGGGCGGCCCCUGCAGGGCUGGAGGACCCAGCUCCGGCAAUGCACCGUGCACUGCAAGGAGAAGGCCUUUAUCUACAACGAGUGCAUCGCCUGCUGCCCUGCCUCCUGCCAGCCCCGGGUGUCCUGUGUGGACAGUGAGAUCGCCUGUGUGGACGGCUGCUAUUGCCCCGACGGGCUGAUCUUCGAGGAUGGGGGCUGCGUGGCACCAGCUGAGUGCCCUUGUGAGUUCCACGGGACCCUGUACCCACCUGGCUCGGUGGUGAAGGAAGACUGCAAUGCCUGCACGUGCACUGCGGGCAAGUGGGUGUGCAGCACAGCUGUCUGCCCAGCCGAGUGCUCAGUGACUGGUGACAUCCACUUCACAACCUUCGAUGGCCGCCGGUACACGUUUCCCGCCACAUGUCAGUACAUCCUGGCCAAGAGCCGCUCCUCAGGCACCUUCACAGUGACAUUGCAGAACGCUCCAUGUGGCCUGAACCAGGAUGGAUCCUGCGUCCAGUCAGUGUCAGUGAUUCUGCACCAGGACCCUCGGAGGCAGGUGACCCUGACCCAGGCGGGGGAUGUCCUUCUGUUUGACCAGUACAAGAUCACCCUACCCUACAAGGAUGACGCCUUCGAGAUCCGGAGGCUGUCCUCCGUGUUCCUGCGGGUGAGGACCAACGUGGGCGUCCGGGUGCUCUACGACCGCGAAGGGCUGCGGCUCUACCUGCAGGUGGACCAGCGGUGGGUGGAGGACACCGUGGGCCUCUGCGGCACCUUCAACGGCAACACGCAGGACGACUUCCUGUCCCCAGUGGGUGUGCCUGAGAGCACCCCACAACUCUUUGGCAAUUCUUGGAAAACGCUGUCUGCCUGCUCCCCACUGGUCCCUGGCUCCCCCCUGGACCCCUGCGAUGUGCACCUGCAAGCUGCCUCGUAUGCAGUGCAGGCCUGCAGUGUGCUCACCGGAGAGCUGUUUGCACCCUGCUCUGCCUACCUGAGCCCUGUGCCCUACUUCGAGCAGUGCCGCAGGGACGCCUGCCGCUGUGGGCAGCCCUGCCUGUGUGCCACGCUGGCCCACUACGCCCGCCUGUGCCGGCGCCGCGGGCUCCCCGUCGACUUCCGCGCCAGCCUGCCAGCCUGUGCACUGUCCUGUGAAGCCACCAAGGAGUACAGCCCCUGCGUGGCCCUGUGUGGGCAAACCUGCCAGGACCUGGCCAGCCCUGAGGCCUGUGGGGUUGACGGUGGCGGCGACCUCAGCAGCGAUGAGUGUGUGGAGGGCUGUGCUUGCCCAGCAGACACAUAUCUGGACACCCAGGUUGACCUCUGUGUGCCCAGAAACCAGUGCUCCUGCCAUUUCCAAGGAGUGGACUAUCCCCCUGGAGACAGCCACAUCCCCUCCCUGGGCCACUGCCACUGCAAAGAUGGAGUCAUGAGCUGUGACAGCAGAGCCCCAGCUGCUGCCUGCCCAGCCGGCCAGGUCUUCGUGAACUGCAGUGGCCCCCACACAGAGCCCGAGCUGAGCAGGGAGAGGACGUGUGAGCAGCAGCUGCUGAACCUGAGUGUGCCAGCCCAUGGCCCCUGCCUCUCGGGCUGCGCCUGUCCCCAGGGUCUGCUCAGACAUGGAGAUGCUUGUUUCCUGCCAGAGGACUGCCCAUGCUCUUGGAAGGGGAAGGAGUAUUUCCCUGGGGACCAGGUGAUGUCUCCUUGCCAUACCUGCGUCUGCCAGCAGGGCUCGUUCCAGUGCACCCUCCACCCCUGUGCCUCCACCUGCACAGCCUACGGUGACCGGCAUUACCGCACAUUUGACGGGCUCCCGUUUGACUUCAUGGGGGCAUGCAAAGUACACAUGGUCAAGAGCACAUCGGAUUUCAGCUUCUCUGUGAUUAUAGAAAAUGUAAACUGCUACAGCUCUGGCAUCAUCUGCAGGAAAUUCAUUUCCAUCAAUGUUGGGAACUCACUCAUAAUCUUCGACGAUGACUCCGGAAAUCCUAGUCCUGAGAGCUUCCUGGAUGACAAGCAGGAGGUCCACACGUGGCGGGCAGGGUUUUUCACGCUGGUGCAUUUCCCACGGGAGCACGUCACCCUCUUAUGGGACCAGAGAACCACAGUGCACAUCCAGGCUGGGCCUCAGUGGCAGGGCCAGCUGGCAGGCCUCUGUGGGAACUUUGACUUAAAAACCAUCAAUGAGAUGAGGACCCCGGAGAACCUGGAGCUAACCAACCCCCAGGAGUUUGGCAGCAGUUGGGCUGCAGUUGAGUGCCCGGACACCCCCGACCCCCGGGAUACAUGUGUCCUGAAUCCCCUCCGAGAACCUUUUGCCAAGAAGGAGUGCAGCGUCCUGCUCAGCGAGGUGUUUGAGAUCUGCCACCCUGUGGUUGAUGUCACUUGGUUUUACUCCAACUGCCUGACAGACACAUGUGGGUGUAGCCGAGGGGGAGACUGUGAGUGCUUUUGUGCCAGCGUGUCCGCCUACGCCCACCAGUGCUGCCAGCACGGGGUGGCUGUCGACUGGCGAACCCCACACCUCUGCCCGUAUGACUGUGACUUCUUCAACAAAGCGCUGGGUAAAGGCCCCUACCAGCUGUCCAGCUUGGCGGCCGGCGGUGCCCUGGUGGCCGUGAAGGCGGUGGGCGAUGACAUAGUCCUAGUGAGGGCAGAGGAUGUGGCGCCAGGGGACAUAGUGAGCUUCCUGCUGACAGCUGCUCUGUACAAGGCCAAGGCCCACGACCCGGAUGUCGUGUCCCUGGAGGCGGCAGACAGACCUAACUUCUUCCUCCACGUCACACCCAACGGGUCUCUGGAGCUGGCUAAGUGGCAGGGCCAUGAUGCCUUCCACCAUCAUGCCUCCUUCUCGCUGCACCGGGGGACAUGGUGGGCGGGCCUGGUGGCCUUGGAGUCCCUGGCAAAGCCUGGCUCCUUCCUCUGCACGUCGGGCCCUGUGCUCACCCUGCGGCUGUAUGAGCACACAGAGGCGUUCCGCUGGGGCACACUCUUCCGCCUUCUGGAUGCCAAGCCCUCCGGGGCUGCCUACCCCAUCUGCGAGUGGCACUACGAUGCCUGUGCCAGCCCCUGCUUCCAAACCUGCCGGGACCCACGGGCAGCCAGCUGCCAGGACGUGCCCAGGGUAGAAGGCUGCGUCCCUAUGUGCCCUGCCCCCAAGGUCCUGGAUGAAGUCACACAGAGAUGUGUCUACCUGGAGGACUGCGUGGAGCCAGCGGUGUGGGUUCCCACAGAGGCCCUUGGCAAUGAGACCCUGCCUCCUGGCCAAGUGCUGCCCACCCCCAGUGACAAGGAGCCACAGCUUCCACUGGAAACCCCCAAGACUCCCACCCACAGGCCAGCCCUCGUCCCAGCUGCCCCACUCACCACGGCCCUGAACCCACCGAUGGCAGCCACAGAGGGGCCGGUGCUGUCUGUGGGCCCCUCCCAGUCCACGCUGCAGCAGCCACUGGGGCUCACUGCCUCUAACCUCCCUGCCAAGCCCACCGAGCCCACUGAGCCCCCAGCCAGCAAGGAGGUGCCUGCCAGCCUCCCGGCUGCCCCCUACACCCCGGAGUCCUCAUCCCUCCCCCUUGCACUGCAGACACCGGGCAUGGUGUCGGGUGCCGCGGAGACGACCAGGGUGACUGUGACCUUUGCAGGGAGCCCCAACAUCACGGUCUCCUCCCGGUCACCCCCUGCCCCUCACUUCCCACUCAUGACCAAGGCUGUGACAGUCCCAGGCCAUGGCUCCUUGCCUGUUAGGACAACACCCCUACGGCCCUCCUUGCUGGCAAGUCCCUCCUCCAGAUCUGUGGCUUCCGCUGGAGUGACAGCCAGGUCUGCCACCUCCUCGGGAUCCCACAAGGCUCUGCUGACACCUGCAGUAACUAAGGUCGUGAGCAAGACAGGGGUCUCCCAGCCCACCCAGGCCCAGCAUGUUUCAAGUCCCAGCAGCACCCCAACCAUGGCUGGAACAGCAGCAGAGCAGGUUCCCAUCAGUCCCCCUGCCACCCAGAGAGUGGAGAUGGUGCUGUCCACAGAAAAUGGUGAGGCUGGGCACGGCCAGCUUACAGGCCCACCGGCAUCCGCACGUCCACACCCACUCCCCACAGCCCUGCCACACCCUGCCCAGCGCACCACCUCCGCCACCAGGCCUCCCGCUCUGCCCCCAGGGACCCCGGCUACCGCCAGCCGGUCCACAGGUGCUCAUGGACUGGGAGCCACACUCUUUGUGUCUCUCGAGUCAACUCAGCCAUCCCAGCUCCUCUCUGGCCUGCCUCCUGACACCAGCCUGCCCCUGGCCAAGGUGGGCACGUCUGCCCCAGUGGCCACACCCGGCCCCAAGGGCUCUGUCAUUACCUCUCCACUCCAGCCACAGGCCAUGUCUCUGGCCAUGGCCACAACUCCACCUGCUCAGACACUCAGCCCAGCACUACCUCCCACCUUGGCUGCAGGGGCCCAGGCACACCCACCCGGCCACACAGCCUCCCAGGCAGCAAUCACGGCUCCAGGCCUGCUUCUGGGAGCCACACUGCCAACCUCUGGAGUCGUGGCUGUGGCUGAGGGGGUGGCCUCCUCCGUGUCUGUGGCCCCGCGAGGGAGCACCACAGAGAAGAUGGCCAUCCUGUCCAAGCAAGUGUCUCUGCCCACCUCCAUCGAUGGCUCUGCCCCGGGAGGGCCCACAGAGCUCAUGCCUGCUGUGGCCCACUCUCUUGCCCCCUUGGUGACUGAGGCUGGCACAGUGCCACUGGUGCCCACAUCCUAUCCCCUGAGCCGCGUCUCAGCCAGGACGGCUUCCAGAGAGAGCUCGCUGGUUCUGCUGCCUCAGCUGGCCGGAGCCCAUGGAACCUCGGUGGGGCCUCAGCCCCCAGUGGAGCCAGCGGGCGAGGCCACCACGGAGCAGACUGGGCGCUCAGCCCCGGCCCAGAGCAUUGCAGAGGGUUCGGCCGAGGCCUUGACAACUGCCACUGAGGCCAUUACAUCUGCCACUUGUGUUCCGAUCGCCGAGCAGGACUGCGUCCGCCACAUCUGCCUGGAGGGCCAGCUGAUCCGUGUGAACCAGUCCCAGCACUGUCCCGGUGGCGCUGCUCCCCGUCGCUGUGGGGUCCUGGGCCUCGCUGUGCGGGUGGGCGGGGACCGCUGCUGCCCGCUCUGGGAGUGUGCCUGCCGAUGCUCCAUCUUCCCUGACCUGAGCUUCGUGACCUUCGAUGGGAGCCACGCAGCUCUGUUCAAGGAGGCCAUCUACAUCCUCAGCCAGAGCCCAGACGAAAUGGUCACCGUCCACGUCCUCGACUGCAAAAGCGCCAACCUGGGACAUCUGAACUGGCCCCCGUUCUGUCUGGUGAUGCUGAAUGUGACUCACCUGGCCCAUCAGAUCACCAUUGACCGCUUCAACAGGAAGGUGACUGUGGACUCGCAGCCGGUGUGGCCACCGGUGAGCAGGUAUGGGUUCAGAAUUGAGGACACAGGCCACAUGUACUUGAUCCGGACACCCUCCCUCAUCCAGAUCCAGUGGCUCCACAGCUCCGGACUCAUGAUCCUGGAGACCAGCAAAGCCAGUGAGGCCCAGGGCCGUGGCCUGUGCGGUAUCUGUGAUGGAGAUGCAGCCAAUGACCUCACCCUGCAGGAUGGCUCUGUGGUGGGCAGUGCCGAGGACCCUUUUCCUUUUCUGGAAAGCUGGCAAGUGCCCAGCUCCCUGACCUCAGUGGGCCAGACCCGCUUCCGCCCCGACAGCUGCGCCACGGCUGACUGCUCGCCCUGCCUUCGCAUGGUGUCCAACCGCACCUUCAGCGCCUGCCACCGCUUUGUCUCCCCGGAGUCGUUCUGUGAGCUGUGGAUCCGGGACACCAAGUACGUGCAGCAGCCCUGUGUGGCACUGACCGUGUACGUGGCCAUGUGCCACAAGUUCCACGUGUGCAUAGAGUGGCGGCGCUCCGACUACUGCCCCUUCCUGUGCUCCAGUGACUCCACAUACCAGGCAUGUGUGGCAGCCUGUGAGCCCCCCGAGACGUGCCAGGACGGGAUGCUGGGCCCACUGGACCCGGAGCAGUGCCAGGUGCUGGGCGAGGGCUGUGUCUGCUCUGAGGGCACCAUCUUGCACCGGCGCCACUCUGCUCUCUGCAUCCCUGAGGACAAGUGUGCCUGCACUGACAGCACGGGGGUGCCUCGGGCCCUUGGGGAGACCUGGAACAGCUCCCUCAGCGGCUGCUGCCAGCACCAGUGCCAAGCCCAAGACACCAUCAUCCCAGUGGACCUGGGCUGCCCAGACCCCCGCCCUGAGAGCUGCCCACGCUUCGGGGAGGUGGCCCUGCUCCUGCCCACUGAGGACCCCUGCUGCCUGGGAACUGUCUGUGUGUGCAACCAGACUCUGUGUGAGGGCCUCGCCCCCACCUGCCAGCCAGGCCACCGCCUCCUCACUCACUUCCAGGAGGACUCCUGCUGCCCCAGCUACAGCUGCGAGUGUGACCCAGAUCUGUGUGAGGCAGAGCUGAUCCCCAGCUGCCGCCAGGACCAGACCCUGAUCGCAGGCCACCUGGGGGACUCUUGCUGCACCUCCUACUUCUGCGCCUGUGGUGACUGUCCAGAUCCCAUCCCUGAGUGUCAGGAAGGGGAGGUGCUCACCGUGCACAGGAACACCACAGAGCUCUGCUGCCCUCUGUACCAGUGUGCGUGCGAGAGCUUCCGCUGCCCCCAAGUGCAGUGUGGCAUGGGCACUGCCCUGGUGGAGGUGUGGAGCCCAGACCGCUGCUGCCCCUACAAGUCCUGUGAGUGUGACUGCGACACAAUCCCAGUGCCCCGGUGCCACCUGUGGGAGAAGUCCCAGCUGGACGAGGAGUUCCUGCACAGCGUGGAGAACGUGUGUGGCUGCGCCAAGUACGAGUGCGUGAAGGCCCCCGUGUGUCUGAGCCGCGAGCUGGGGGUGAUGCAGCCGGGCCAGACGGUGGUGGAGCUCUCGGCAGACGGCGUGUGCCACACCGCCCGCUGCACCGACGUGCUCGACCCUCUCACCAGCUUCUACCAGAUCAACACCACCUCGGUGCUGUGCGACGUCCGCUGCGAGGCGAACCAGGAGUACGAGCACCCGCGGGACCUGGCGGCCUGCUGCGGCUCCUGCAGGAAUGUGUCCUGCCUCUUCACCUUCCCCAACGGCACCACCUCCCUGUUCUUGCCCGGGGCGUCCUGGAUUGCAGACUGCGCCCGCCACCACUGCAGCAGUACCCCGCUGGGCGCCGUGCUCGUGCGCUCGCCCAUCAGCUGCCCACCGCUCAAUGAAACCGAGUGUGCCAAGGUCGGGGGCUCCGUGGUACCUUCCUUGGAAGGGUGCUGCAGGACGUGUAAGGAGGAUGGGCGCUCCUGCAAGAAGGUGACCAUCCGCAUGACCAUCCGCAAGAAUGACUGCAGGAGCAACACGCCGGUGAACCUAGUGUCCUGCGACGGGAGGUGCCCGUCCGCCAGCAUCUACAACUACAACAUCAACACCUACGCCCGCUUCUGCAAGUGCUGCCGUGAGGUGGGCCUGCAGCGGCGCUACAUACAGCUCUUCUGUGCCACCAACGCCAGCUGGGUGCCCUACACAGUGCAGGAGCCCACUGACUGCGCCUGCCAGUGGUCCUGA